AUCCAUCAGAGGGAGAAAUCCAUGAUGGGAGGAGGGGAGGAGGAGGGCAGAGAUGUCACCGAGCAGGCGGAGUUUUGUACCCAAACAGCGGAAACAGGCUGAUGAUCCCAAAAAGCUCCACACAGCAGAGGGAACAGGAGCCGAGACCCGCACCUACACCCACCACAGGCGGACUAAAAACCACCAGCGACCAGUCAAAUACCGCUCAAACCGGACUGAGGAGAUGGGGGACAAAGCAGGGACCAGAGUCUUUAAGAAGUCCAGCCCGAACUCUAAGCUCACAGUUUACCUGGGGAAGAGAGACUUCGUGGAUCAUCUGGACCACGUAGAUCCAGUAGACGGAGUUCUCCUCGUGGAGCCAGAGUAUCUGAAAGACCGAAAAGUGUUCGUGACGCUGACGUGUGUGUUUCGUUACGGUCGAGAGGACUUAGACGUCCUGGGUCUGUCCUUCAGGAAGGAUCUGUAUGUCAGCACCGUGCAGAUCUUCCCUCCUCUGAAGGAAAAGGAGAAGACUCUGAGCCGUCUGCAGGAGAGACUGCUGAAGAAGCUGGGAGAGCAUGCACACGCUUUCACCUUCAAGGUCCCUCAGAAGCUGCCGUGCUCCGUGACCCUGCAGCCAGGCCCAGAGGAUUCUGGGAAAGCCUGCGGGGUGGACUACGAGCUGAGAGCCUUCUGUGCCAAGACUGCGGAGGAGAAGAGUCACCAAAGAAACUCUGUACAUCUGGUGAUAAGGAAGGUCCAGUUCGCUCCAGAGAAACCAGGUCCUCAGCCGAUGGUGGAGACGAGCCGCAGCUUUCUGAUGUCUGACCGGUCUCUGCACCUGGAGGCCUCUUUGGAUAAAGAGCUGUAUUACCACAGUGAGCCCAUCAGCGUCAACGUCCAGGUGACGAACAACUCCUCAAAGACGGUGAAGAAGGUGAUAAUCUCAGUGCGUCAGUUUGCAGAUAUCUGUCUGUUCUCCACGGCUCAGUAUAAGUGUGCGGUCGCUCGGGUUGAAGCAGAGCACCAGGUGUCUCCCAGCUCCACCUCCUGCCAGGUGUACACUCUGACCCCGACGCUGGGCACCAACAGAGAGAAGAGAGGCCUAGCUCUGGAUGGGAAGUUAAAGCAUGAAGACACCAACCUGGCCUCCAGCACCAUAGUCAAAGAAGGAGCCAACAAGGAGCUGAUGGGCAUCCAUGUUUCCUACAGAGUCAAAGUCAAACUGGUGGUGUCUCUAGGAGGGGAUGUUUCAGUGGAGCUGCCGUUUGUCCUGAUGCAUCCUAAACCUGCAGAACAGCCAGGCUCACGACCAGAGCCAGUCGCUCUUGAAGCUGCAGCUCAUGUGGACAUGAACCUCAUAGAGCUGGACACAAACACGUCCCCUCCGGCUGAAGAUUUUGUGUUUGAAGACUUCUCUCGUCUGAGGUUGACGGGCACAAAGGACGAAGACGAACCCUUAUUUUAGCCGCUACUUCUAUUGUUGGGUCAAAUGUCUGAGUGAAGCUUACAAUCAACCUGAAAACCAAAGAGGAAGAGCAGAUAGCCUCCUGGUCGGCCGGUGAAUUAUCAAAGUGAACAUGUAGCUUGAGUUUAGCAAAGAGUCACUGUCACAUUAUAUACUAUCAUACAUGCUGCUUACAACAGAGAAACAGAAAUAUAUUUUUAUAUUGACAUUAGGUCAGUUACCUUCAGGUAUCAUUAACAGAGGAACCUCUAACUUACACUGCUUCUUUGACAUUUGUAUGAUGACGGGUCAGAACAAAGUCCAGGAUUAAAUUAAGAAAAGAGGAAAGCUUUUAUGUCUGUAUGUAAUGCUUUUGUAUCUUUGCUUUUAGAUGAAGCAUAUAAAAAACACUCCUAUCAUAUUAACUGAUGUAAAUUCUGCUGAAGGGAUCAAGCUUUUGUCUUAUUUCAUGCACAGAAGCUUCAAAAGCAUUUUAAAGAGGGGGAAUAAACAAAGUCACGCUUGUUUAAGACAUCUUAUGAA